AGUCGACGUCGUCCAGCGCGUCCUGUAGAGUGGCCUCUGAUUGGGCGGUCCAGCGCUUGACCUCUCGCGACACCACCUCUUCCCGUACCAUCCGUUGUUUGUAUUCUGUUAUCAGGAAGAUGGCGGCAUGGUCUGAUUUGCCAAAUGAUGGUAGAGAGGUAGCCUUGUAGCCCUCCUUGAACGGUGAAUAGCAGUGAUCAAGUAUCUUGUCCUUUCGGGUAGGACAUUUGACGUGUUGGUAAAAGUUUGGCAUAACUUUUUUAAGGUUUGCCUUGUUGAAGUCCCCUGCCACGAUGAGGGCAGCGUCUGGGUGCUUGGUCUGUAGUCCGCUUAGCACAUCAUGUAACACCGACAAAGCCUCGUCGUGUCCGCUUGUGGUGGAAUGUAAACGGCCCUAGUGAUCACUGCGGAAACUCCCGGGGCAGGUAGAAUGGACACUCAGCACUCAGUUUGUAUAGUUAGCAUUAAAAAAUGUAUUGCACUGAGAAACUUAAUUCAACUCAACAACUAAAUUAUUCCAAGGACAUUCGUGAUUCAUCACAAGUAGUGUCCCUAAAAAACAUAAAUCAGGAGCAAAAGCUGCAUUUCGAAUAUAGGCUUUAGACCUGCUGCAUGUUGUGUUCUAAAGUAUCUUUUCCUGUUCUGGCCUUCCUACAAGAGAAAACAUGAGACAUUGCAGGCAUUUAGCAGUCACUCUUAUUCAGAGCGACUUACACAACUUUUUACACAGCAUUUACAUUGCUUCCUUUUAUACAGCUGGAUAUGAACUGAAGCAAUGCAGGUUAAGUACCUUGCUCAAGGGUACAACAGCAGUGUCCUACCUGGGAUUCAAACCUCUGACGAGACCAGCUCCUUACCCAUUAUACUACACUGCCACCCAUAAUAAAGCAAGGCUGUGUUUCCAUGGCUCUGAUACAGCAACCCACUUCACUCUCUCCUGCGCACUCUGAUGAAGCUGAAGAAGACUGAAAAGUUGAAACUGUUUCAGAGCCAUCUGAGUCAACAUUGCCCAGAAUGCUUACAUAGUCUUCCUGAAGAUCCUUCUGUACUGGAUACGUUUAUGAAGAUGAAGGAAUUGUUCAAGAGGCAUCAAAUUGCUGAUUACCCAGAAUGCACUGAGAGAGGGCAGGAAGAUCAUGAGGCCCUGUACAUAGUUGAGAAGAUGCUGGAGACCUGUGGCAUUGAGGGGUCUCUGAAGAUCACACUCCAUAUCCUGAGGAACAUGAAGAAGAAGGAUGUCACUGACCCACUGGAGAGAGAUGAGCAGCACAAUGAAUUCAAAGAAAGAGCCAAGCAGGCACUGAAAAUUCAUCUGAAGAAGAGGUUUGAAUGCAUAUUUGAAGGUUUAGCAAAGCAGGGCCACCAAACCCUCCUCAAUGAGAUCUAUACAGAGCUGUACAUCACAGAGGGGGGAAGUAGGGGGGUCAAUGAUGAACAUGAGAUCAGACAGAUUGAGAUAGCAUGGAAGAGACAAACCACACAUGAGACUGCAAUCAUCUGCAAUGACAUCUUUAAGCCUUCAGCUGGACAAGAGAAACCAAUCAGAACUGUGCUUACAAAGGGCAUCGCUGGCAUUGGGAAAACAGUCACUGUGCAGAAGUUCAUUCUGGACUGGGCAGAUGGGAAAGCCAAUCAGGACAUUGAUUUCAUCUUCACUCUUCCUUUCCGAGAUCUGAAUCUGAAAAAGGAGAGAGAAUUUAGUCUCAUGGAACUUCUGCAGCAAUACUUUCCACCACUGAAAGAGAUCAAAAGUUUUGAAGAUGAUGAAGUCAAAGUUGUGUUCAUCUUUGAUGGUCUGGAUGAGUGUCGACUUCCUCUAGAUUUCCAAAGCAAUGAGAUUUGCUGUGAUAUAACAGAGUCAUCAUCAUUGGAUGUGCUGCUGACCAACCUCAUUAAGGGGAAUCUGCUUCCCUCUGGCCUCCUCUGGAUCACUUCCCGACCAGCAGCAGCCAAUCAGAUCCCUCCUGAGUGCGUCCACCAGGUGACAGAGGUACGAGGAUUCAAUUACCCACAGAAGGAGGAGUACUUCAGGAAGAGAAUCAGAGAUCGGAACAAGGCCAGCAAAAUUAUCUCACACAUAAAGUCAUCCAGGAGUCUCUACAUCAUGUGUCACAUACCAGUCUUCUGCUGGAUUUCAGCUACUGUUCUGGAGACAAUGUUGGAUAAAGCGAGUGGAGACCUGCCCAAAACUCUGACUGAAAUGUACACACACUUCCUGCUCAUUCAGACUAAUGUGAAGAAUGAGAAGUAUCAUGGCACCAAUGAGACAACCCCAAAGAAAAUGUCAGCAUCAAAUACAGAAAUCAUCCUGAAACUGGGGCAGCUGGCUUUACUACAGCUGGAAAGGGGCAAUCUGAUAUUCUAUGAAGAGGACCUGAGAGAGAUGGGCAUUGAUGUCAGUGAAGCUUCAGUGUACUCUGGGGUGUGCACAGAGAUCUUUAAAGAGGAGUGUGGGUUGGGUGAGGAGAAGGUCUACUGCUUUGUGCAUCUGAGCAUUCAGGAGUAUCUGGCUGCCUUGUUUGUGUUUCAUUCAUGUGUGAAUGAGAACAGAAAUGUACUCAGAGCAGAAGAAUCAAAACCUCGCAGUGACAGAGUGCAGCUGUCUGAGUUGCACAGGACUGCAGUGGAUCAGGCCUUAGAGAGUAAGAAUGGACACCUGGACCUUUUCCUCAGAUUCCUUCUAGGCCUCUCUCUGGACUCCAUUCAGACUCUAUUAAGAGGAAUACUGACACAGACAAGAAGUAGAUCACCUGUACCAGAUCCACAGACACAGACAGGAAGCAGAUCAGAGAGCAUUGAGAAAACAGUAUUGUACAUAAAGGAGAGGAUCAAAAAAGAAUCUUCAGCAGAGAGGACCAUAAAUCUGUUCCACUGUCUCAAUGAACUGAAUGACAACUCUCUAGUGGAGGAAAUCAAGAAGUUCCAGAGAUCAGGAAAACUCUCUAAUGAAAAGCUGGAACCACACCAAUGUUCAGCCCUGGCCUUUAUGUUACUGAUGUCAGAGGAGAUCCUAGAUGAGUUUGACUUGAAGACCUACAACACAUCAGCAGCAGGUUAUCAGAGACUGCUACCAGUACUCGGGAACUGCAGGAAGGCCAUACUGAACAGGUGUGACCUCACACGGAUGUCCUGUGAAAUUGUGGCCUCUGCUCUUCAGUCAUCAAACUCACCCCUGAGAGAUCUGGACCUCAGCUACAAUAACCUGGGAGAUUCAGGAGUGAAGCUGCUCUGUGCUGGACUGAUGAGUCCAGACUGUAAACUGCAGAGACUGGGGUGAGUAGUGCUGUGUACUUCAACAGCAGUUGGCUUUAUUUAUCUUGCUAGGCAGAGGGUAGAGGUUGCACAGGGUCAUUAUAUUGCAGGAACACAAGGAGACUCCUCACUG